AUGGUUGUUGGGCCUGCACGGGCGGGUGGGCCUACAGGGCCAGGGGGACUCACGGGCGGGUGGGCCUACAGGGCCAGGGAGACUCACGGGUGGGUGGGCCUACAGGGCCAGGGGGACUCACGGGCGGGUGGGACACAGGCCAGGGGGACUCACGGGCGGGUGGGCCUACAGGGCCAGGGAGACUCACGGGUGGGUGGGCCUACAGGGCCAGGGGGACUCACGGGCGGGUGGGACACAGGCCAGGGGGACUCAUGGGUGGGUGGGCCUAAAGGGCCAGGGAGACUCACGGGCAGGUGGGACACGGGCCAGGGGGACUCACGGGCGGGUGGGACACGGGCCAGGGGGACUCACGGGCUGGUGGGACACGGGCCAGGGGGACUCACGGGCAGGUGGGACACGGGCCAGGGGGACUCACGGGUGGGUGGGACACGGGCCAGGGGGACUCACGGGUGGGUGGGCCUAAAGGGCCAGGGGGACUCACGGGUGGGUGGGCCUAAAGGGCCAGGGGGACUCACGGUUUACAUCUCGAUGCGAGAUGGCGAGAGGGCUGGUGCAUUGUGGGAGAUGCGCAACUGGGUGUCACUGGACAGAAAUCUCACAGACGAGACAAAAGCAAUGUUUGCCGCUGAUUGCCGCAAAGUUUGA